AUGGACAAUACUUUACCCUUAUCUCUCAACAAUGUGAUAGAGUGGCAAAGAGGCUUUGGGGGUUACAAGAAGGAUAUUGUGACUGUGUUCUGGAAGUUGUCAUCUCUAAUUUCUCUUUCCCUCUCUUUCUGUUUUAUCUUGCAGGUCACGUCAUCAGCGCUACAUACGAAUAGUUUAUUAGAAGAAUGUACAAAUAAUAUUAAUUGUUCAUCAUGUAUAUAUCCUUGCAAAAAAUAUCAUAAAUCGUUGGAUACGUGCAAAGCAAAGUGCCAGACCCAAACGGAAGCUGUAUCAGCUCCUGAUAUAUGUAUUUCAUCAUGUAAUUUUAUAAAGUAUAUUAAAAAUGCUAAGAUCGGUGCAUGCCCGUCAACAUUCGGUGGUUUCGCUGAAGCCUGCGUCAACGAGUGCGAUGAUGAUCAGGGCUGCAAAGGGGAGAAGAAGUGCUGCAACAACGGCUGUGGACGUACUUGCCAAGUUCCGAAUAUCAGGAGGAAAGAUUAUCCUGCACGGGUGGAGAGAAGAUGGGCUACAAUCACAGAGAACGAGGAAGGUGACUCGGCGACAGUCAGGUGGAGACCGGUGCCCAACCUAACAGACAGUGGGAUUUUGCUCUACGCCAUACAAGCGAAAAACCUAUCGCAAACGAGAAGUCAGGUCUCGUGGUAUGAUGUUGGAGUGACGGAAGAGACGGACAUCCGAGUACCUCUUCAGGUCGGCCGUGAAUACCAAUUCAGAAUAGCAAGUGUCAAUGAGAAUGGGACUUUGGGUUACUUCAGACCAACCGUAGAGUUCUCCUUGUCAAAGGAGCCUGAGAGACCAAGUCCGCCCUUCUCGAUCGUGACCGGUCCGGUUCAGAUCAUCAACGAGAAGAUCCACAUGACGUUGUACUGGAGCCCACCUAGAUAUAGUGACCUACCUAUCUCAAGGUAUAGGGUAUUCUAUAGUGAAAGGAGAGCUGUCACACCGUCCAUAAUAGCAGUCAAGGAGCACCGUCUAGACGUACCUGGGAGUGAAACCACCUGUAUCUUGCCCGAUCUUCUCCCCGGUAUGAAGUACUUUGUCCAGGUCAAAGCAAUCGCUAGAUAUCGCGACAAUCGUCUCAGCAGUGAUAGAGAGUCCACCUACAUCUAUACGCCCACUCCUGCAUCCAAUGAUGGCACUGGAGGAAAGUUAACGCAGACCUACGUGCAUCCAAAGGUGACGGCGCCCUCUGGGAAGAUGCCCGGCCCUCCUGGAGACCUCACCCAUAACUCCCCCUACUGGGACAAUGGCACACUGAAGGUUCGUCUGACAUGGCAGAAACCUAAAGGUUUUGAGCUGACCAUUGAUCGGUUCACUAUUCAUUGGGAAGCGACGGUCUGUUCAUCAGAGAGUGGGCAGGAAGAAGGAGAGGCUACAAGCUAUGGCUUUUUAAGCAAUGACAUUUAUACGCCCUAUCGUCAGAAAGCGGCGACCACACACGACACAUCGUUCGAGCUGUAUGAUCUGUCAUUUGAUUGUACAUAUGAAGUCUGGGUAAGACCAGUUUACGACCAUGGUUGGGGUCCGUUUGAUUCAACCAUCCAGAUCCUGACCCCUCCCUGUACAGAGGUCAUCUCCAGAGGGCCAAGGCCGACCUGUCCUACACCAAUACCUGAUAUCCCAAGCGCCCCUAUCAACAUGUCCUACACCUACGGAAUAGGGGAGACAGUGAGCGCUAACUUCACCUGGGCCCCUCCGACCCGGUCCCAGUACCCUCUUAGCGGAUACCGGAUUUACUGGGCCAAGGUCAAACCAUCGUCGGGACUACCCCAUGCUGCGUUACCCACCAUUGAGAGAGAAGAGUUCAUAUCCACACUGCUCAGGGAGACUCAAAGAUGGUAUGUGAUCAGAAACCUGACAGCCGGAGCGAGAUACGUUGUAAAACUUCAAGCGCUAUCCAGCAUUGGAGGCGGAGCUAAUGUGGCCGUUGACAUCCAGACUCCCGACAUUAAAAUCAAAGUUAAUACAGUAUUACCCAGUGAGGAUCCACAUACAUCAGAUCCUAACCUCAUUGAAGAGCCUUCCAGACCACAAGGAAACAACAGUGCAGCUGAAAGACUGGUGGGCUCCUAUCUCAUCCUCACUCUCCUCACGAUACUGUGCUUAUGUCACGUCAUCCAAAGAUGAUAGUCCCCUGAGAAAGGAUAACAUUCAAGCAUUAUUUUUUUUCUCUCUCAUAUUUUACAAGUGUUGCCUUUUUUUGUUGUUGUAGCACUACUGAAAUGUCUAAACAGUAUUUAUUAUAUAUGAUCAGAUAGAUCAGCUCUUCUCUGUACAAAGAAAUUUUUUCACUGUAAAGUUAUCUUUUAUUUAAUUUGUAUUCAUAUACAUUCAUGUACUUAUAAAUAUUUUUUGCAGGAAAAAAUAUGUGAUGCAAAAGAGAAAAGUUAUGAUCAUUGACGACAUUACAGAUCCGGGGAGGAAGUUUAGAAUCAGAUUUCUUGUUUUUUUGUUUUUGAUAAAUCGGCUGAAAAGACAAAUUCAGGAAUCUGCUAAGAAAAGUGCUUGAUUGUCAUUACUAAGACACUCGAGAAUCAAACAACCUAUCAACAUAUGAACUCAGUUUUGAACAAUCCAAAAUAUUGUUCUGUGAAUCAUUUAAAGACAACAUUAAGGGUAUCGAUAAAGGAUUUAUUUUCCUCUCAAAUGUCAGAUUUGUGACUGGCAGCGUGACAAUCGUGUUUGUGUUAUUUAAAUUCACUAUGUAUGUUACUACCCUCAUAUGGUUUAUGCUUGUAAAGUCACUGCCAUUAUUAUAUAUUCUGUGAUAGACAUAAAAUGUCUUUAUUAUCGAGCAGAGAUUGUGAUGUAUGUAUGCACAAUUUUUGUUUAAAUCGUCACCAAAUUUGGAAGAUGUCCCGUUUCAUGUUUAUUUCUGUCCUCUUUGUCUCUCUGUACUGCCUAUUUCUCCUUCCCUCCCCCUUUUUUCUCUCUAUUCUUUAUUUUCCUUGAACUGUCAUAUUUGUUUGCCCCCCCCCCUUUCCCUCCCUCUCUCUCUCUCUCUCUCUCUCGUUUUUGCCUCCUCUCAACACUCCCCUCUCUCAAGUAUUUUUCUGAUCUUUUCUUUAUACUUUUAUUAUUUCCCCUCUUUUUCUCUCUUAUCUUUUCAUUGUCUAUACUAUUAUCUUUAUCAGGAGUAUGAAAAUAUUAGCUCAUACAAUCUUUCUAGCUCUGAAUGCAGUAAUGUCUAUUUACCCUCCUUUUAAAGAAUUGAUCCUGAUUUGUGAUUAUCUAUGUCUAUCUUGCUUCAUGUCAAAUCAAUUAUGUGAUUCAUACAUGUAUGUGAUAUAUUAUAUUGAAACAAUUCUGUGAAAUUA